UUUUUUACAUUUUGUGCUACUUAGCCGUAAAUUAUAAGCAAGACGUAGAUACGCAUACGAUGGUGGUUUGUACAUGAGUCACUUGAAGGCAGCAGCCCCCUUUUUGUAAACAUCGUGCGAGCAGACAUGGCUCUCCCCUUGGCCAGGAUUUUCUCUAAGCCUUGCAGACAGAUCUCUCGGUCAUGGGGAGCAUGUCAGGCUGGAUGGAGGAGCAUGUCCACCAGGUCGGCCCCAGACGUGACUUCAGACCAGGCUGGGGGGGUCCCCUUUCCUCCCCUCCAGACAUAUUCAGAGGAGGAGAGUAUUAUGCGGGAAGCAGUGAAGAAAUAUGCACAAGAGCGCAUUGCUCCAUUGGUGCCAAAGAUGGAUGAAAGUUCCACCAUGGAUGAAGACAUGAUCAAGUCUCUGUUUGAGCAGGGUCUCAUGGGCAUAGAGAUUGACCCACAGUACGGAGGCACUGGCUCCUCAUUCUUCACCUCCAUUCUGGUCAUCGAGGAGCUGGCGAAGGUGGAUCCCUCUGUGGCUGUGCUCUGUGACAUUCAGAACACGCUGAUCAACACGCUGUUCGCUAAACUAGGUACCCCUGAACAGAAGGAAAAGUACCUCAACCGACUGUCAACUGAUAUGAUCGGAAGCUUCUGCCUCUCUGAAGCGGGCUCAGGGAGUGAUGCCUUCUCUCUGAAGACACGUGCUGAAAAACAAAAGGACUAUUAUGUCAUCAAUGGAUCCAAGAUGUGGAUCAGUAAUGCAGAGAAUGCAGGUGUAUUUCUGGUUAUGGCCAAUGCAGACCCCAAUGCUGGCUACAGAGGCAUCACUUGCUUCAUUGUGGACCGGGACACUGAAGGGCUCGAGAUCUGCAAGAAGGAGAACAAGCUCGGCCUGCGCGCAUCCUCCACUUGCCCGCUCAACUUUGACAAUGUCAAGGUACCAGAGAAGAACAUUUUGGGACAGUUAGGUCACGGGUACAAGUAUGCCAUCGGAAUGUUGAACGAGGGCAGGAUUGGAAUCGGUGCUCAGAUGCUUGGCUUGGCACAGGGUUGCUAUGACAACACAAUUCCUUACGCGAGACAGAGGGUGCAGUUUGGAAAACGCAUCUUCGACUUCCAGGGCAUGCAGCAUCAGAUCGCUCACGUGGGCACACAGAUUGAGGCUGCCAGGCUGCUGACGUACAACGCAACGCGUCUGAAGGAGGCUGGGAGACCUUUCAUUAAGGAAGCCUGCAUGGCGAAAUACUUUGCUUCAGAGGUUGCAACUCUAACCACAUCUAAAUGCAUUGAAUGGAUGGGAGGUGUUGGUUUCACCAAAGACUAUCCCAUUGAGAAGUACUACAGAGACUGUAAAGUUGGUACCAUUUAUGAGGGCACAACAAAUAUCCAGCUCAGCACAAUAGCCAAGUUUAUUGAUAAGGAGUAUGACCAGUGAGAAGAUCUGACCUGAAGCCUGAUUGGUUGCUAUAGUUCCCUUUGUUUCUCAUGUAUUUUGGAUGCAUUAGUGCAGCAAUAUUGUUCUGCGAUAGACCUGCUGUUAUUAUAUCACCACCUUGUAGUAGGUGCCUCCACUGAUGUUUCUAGAACGGUUGUAUUUCCUGGCUUUAGGGUUAACAUUGUCCUAGUGUCAUGAUUAUUUUCCUCAUCUGAUUUUGAGCAUUUGUCAUAUGUGCAGCGGGCUUUUACAGCCCCCAGACCAAUAGUUAUUUUCUCCGGCUUAUUGGAAUGCAGUUAUGAACCAUCUCAGAAGAAUGUCUGUACGUUUCAAUAAUAAUGACUUUUUUAAAGAUAUUUUCUUUGAAUGAAGUGCCUCAGAAGGUGUCAUAUAAUGUCCAUAACAUAACAAACAUAAUUAAUCACGUUAGGAUACGUUAAAACAGGUCAUUCACUUGUGGGGAAAAUUCUUUCACAUCAGUGCAAUACAUUAUCUUGAUGUGUCAAUGAGUGAUGAAAUCUAUAAAUAAAGUUUACUGAAGAGCAA